AUGGUGAGCCAAACAUUAAAAAAUAUUGAUAACAUAUAGAAGUAACUCUCUUCUUUUCUGUCCUUCCCUUUUCUUCAAGAUAGGAAUUACUAUCUGAUUUCUCUAAAUGCAAGCUAAACAUAUAUAUCAGAAUACCAAUUUUUUUUGUUUAAUUUGGCACUCCAUGGAAAAUGCUCCAGAUAAUCUCUUUCAAGUGGAGUUACAUAUACCAUAUCUGAAGACCAUUUAGCUUUCUGAAUAAGCUUCAAACUAAAUAGUAGCAAAAUUUAAAUGUAGUUUGCCUGUUUAAGCUUGCAUUCAUGUUAAUCAAGUUCCCUCAUCGCUGAUAAAAGGUUGCCAGGACUCAAGGCUAAUGGUAGCGACCUAGCAACAGUCUAGUGACAAUUCAGUUUUGGUUGUUACAUUAUGCACUUUCAAAAGCCAUUGGGGCUAGUGACAGUCAUGAAGGGGAGAUUACUGGUCUAAUGGAUAGAAACAAAAUUGAGAGAAUUUCCCAGGAGAAAAUAUAAACCAAUGAAAACAGGAACUGUGAGUGGAACUCACAGAACUAACUGGAAUUAAGAAAAAAAUGUCCAAGAUCAAUCAAGCCAGUGAGACUUUGUGAAAAGGACUGUUUCAUGCAAAUUUAGUUUUGGCUGGUAAAAUGAGACCUGACUCCCAGAAGUGAUCAACAUGAAACUUCUUCCUAUAAUAUCCUUACAUUAUCCAGCGAACAGCUAAUGAGAAUAUUCAAACUUAUAGGUUAGAAGUUGUUGUCUUGACCUAACACCAAAUUCUCGUAACUAAUUUACAAGGAUUUGUAUAGCAGUUAGAAGGGAGAAUUACCAAUCAGAUCUUGGGAGUUAAAGGGUUAACCAAUAGGAUAGUGCACAAAUAAGUUGGUCAAGAGUCCUUCUUUUCAUGAAGGUUCUCAUCUGUUUAUGUGAAACUACAGUAUAUUGCCUUUUGUUCUCAGGACAAACAGGUGAAAGGCACAGUUUAUAGAAUCACUGGAUCAAUUCCUGCCAGCAACUUCAUUCAGUUCCCUCGCACCAGCACUCAGUCAUUAGGGUUGACUGGUAGAUAUUUGUACUGCCUAUUCCGUCCAAUUGCUGGCAAGUACUUUGUUGUCCAUAUGGAUUUAGCAACAGAUGAUGGACUUACCAUUAGGAUUUCCUUCUCAAAUAUGUUUAAAGAGUUCAAGUCCACCUCAACAUGGCUACAGUUUCCAUUUGUCUCCAGCCCUCCUCCUGGUUCAGUGGAUGAAGCUACUCUCAGUGAAGCGGGCACCAUAACAAGUGAGGAUUGUGUUAGCAUCAGUUGGUAUAACUAAAUGUAACCAGACAUAACCUUUUUGGGGAAUGAGUUUAUUAGUUUGGAAAAGAACUGUCAUGUUAGAUUGGUGGGUUAGUGAAUACAUAUAGGUGGUUAUUAUCAGCCAAAAAUUGAUAAAGGUCAGUAAUGAGACAUGGUAAAUUUUGAAAAGCUAUCAUGUUAAGCUCUAUAACCCUUUAACCUCUAAGAGUGACAAGCAUUUCAUUUCUCCUUGCAAUAUCACCCUUGAAUCAAACAUUAAGGUCACGAGAAUAGAAGAAAUGAUCACCAACUAAAGCAGCUCUUGAUUAUUAAACAAAUUCUCUUUGUCAGCACCUUAGGAAAUGUAUAGUAAAUAGUAUGGAGAAAAUGGAUAUUGAUGUUAGGGGCUAAAGGGUUAACCCUUCACUGGAGUAAAUAGGUAACUGGUGGGUUUUGUGUGUGGUGAUAUAAUAGAAAUAAGACUGAGUGUGGUACAAUUUUACACAUUUAUUGACUAGGCUUGGUAUUCCUUCUGUUCAUUUUUCUCCAUCAGGUCUUGUGGGCACCACUUCUCAAACAACUCGCUGGACUGUUCUGGUACUAGACUUUCGAUACAUCCUUUCUGUCUACCUGAACCGCCAAUAUUCUUACAUGAAAAGCAUUCGCUUGUGUGCCAACAUGUUUCUCAAAGGACUCUUUACAAGUGACAUAGAUUACGCACCUGGCAUUUCUGCUUCUGAAGCCAGAAAACUAGGCAUGUUGGAUAAAGGAAUCAGUCCUUUGCCAAGAGAAAUGGCAUUUCCUUUAGCCAAGGGAGCAGAUUGGGACCAGUUAUAUGACUACAUCAAGUUCCCUCCUGAUUCUAAAAUUGCACAAUUUGGAAUCAUGGCAAAUAUGAAGUCUACAUUACAACAUGCCAAUGGGGAGCAACCCCUAACUACUGAAAGGGAAGAAAGACGGGCCAGAGUAAAUCAUGUCAAUCAGGUUGGUUCAUCUGCAAAACUUUCCCAAGAAACUUCUCAACACUCAAGAGGUGACAUAAAGGUAUGAAAUGUGCUGUGUACAAUAAGCACUUAAUGACUGGCCCCAAAAAAAACAAAAUUCAGUGUUUCCUGGGGGGGCCCAGUCAUGAAGUGAUUUGUAAUAUAUCCCAACUCAAAAAUAGAACAAAUUAUACAUGUUUGCCUUCCCAAGCUUUUCCAAUUCUAUAGUGACUGUCACAGUUGAAACCACUUCAUUGGCCAAAUAAAAUGCUUCAUCCUCAUUGGUUUUAAACCUUUUUUCUCUUGCAAGUAUCUGGCAAUAGCAUAGUAUAUCCUUGCCAUAGAACUCUUGGAUGAAAUGAGCUAUCACAUUCUUGAACACUUUUAUUGAAUCUCCUGAGAAGGGACUUGAGGUCUGUUUAGUUUAAAUCUCCAAAGAAGUCUCUCAACAUUUUCACAUUAUUUCACAAGUUGGCCUUGUUAGUAAAUUUCAAGCUUUUUUUCCAAAAAGCUGAUAACCUGAUCAGGUAUGGGGUUAAACUUUAAGCUGUUGUUUCCCCAAGGAGUUACUGAGUUAUGUUUGAGCCUUGAGGGUAAAUGAGUCUUGACCCAUGGCACACCACGCAGUCUCCUCCAAUCUUAAAACUUAUUUGAGUUGGCAGAUACAUUAACAAUACAUUCUACAAGGAUGAUAAUAGAUUGUUAAGUAUUCACCUCAUCAUUAGACUCAUUAGGAAACUUUGUCAUUAAUUUUUGAGAACAGUGAAUACUUUCAGAAUACGGUUAUUAUUUUUUACCACCAACUGUAUAUUUUUACAGACACGUCAAGCAGUAACCUCAAGGAUAGCAUUAGUGGACAGACUUAAUCCACACAAGCAACACCCAAAAAAGCGCAAACACAUUGUUCCUACUGCCCUACCAGCAGUAGGAAUCCAAGGAGCACAAGUGGCAGAUCCAAAUUUUGGUGAAGUACAUGUCUAUGCCCAUCCAAAUAAAUCUGUCACUAAUCUUCAACAACGGAAAGAACCAGAUAAGGUCCAACAGGUAAACACUGUAUAAUUGGAGGGGUUCAAUUUAUUUUCUCUGAAAUAAAACUGGCUAUCUUUGAUCCUUCUUUCUUACAUUUGAUUCUGAUUUUAGUUAGAAAGAAUGGAAAUACCAAAGGCUUCUAGGGCAGGAAACUUCACGGUGAGAAAGAGUGAAUCAUUUGAAUUAUAAAAAUACAACUUAACCCUUUACACUCUAAGAUCAGUUUGCAAGUUCUCCAUACUGUUAUCUUGACACUUUCUAUUGUACUUUUGUUAUUCUGAAGAGUCUUGCAGCAGUUGUCACAAACACUCAAGUCAAAUAAUUUGUAACGUUUUGCAUAAUAAUGCUUAUAUCUCAUCCCUAGUUCAAAGAGCCUACUGCUCCUUCAUGGAUCUGCUUUUCAUAACUUACAUUUAUUUAUUUUCUUUUCAGACUCUCAAACCAGAUCCCAUUCUAUCUCUGAAAAGAGUUGUGGGGUUUGGAGGUGGCACCUACAGUGAGGUACAUGCAAUGCUUUACCAAAGAUUUCUAUUUUCAUGUGGCUUGUGUGCUGGACUCUAGAUCUAGAGAACUAGGCUCAUGCAGUUCAAUAAGGGUAUAAAGCUAUCCAAUUGAUAAAUUGCUAUCCAGUAGAUAAGUGUUAACAAAAAGUUCCACACCAUCAGAUUGAGAUGUAACCCUUGGAUGGCAUUAUCCAGCCUUUGAACAACCCAGGUCUUUGCUCAAGCUAUGGCCAGAUCAUAGGGCUGUAUGCAUCAAUGAGAACCUCAGCUCUCACCAUACCUCUUUUUACCUAGGAGUGUGGAGUGUAGUGGUAAACUGUUAACCCUUUAACUCCCAGAAGUGAUCAACAUGAAACUUCUCCCCAUAAUAUCCUAUAAUAUUCAGCAAACAGGUAAUGAGAAUAUUCAAACUUAUAGGUAUAAGCUACUAUCUUGAUCUAGCACCAAUUUCUCAUAACUAAUUGACAAGGAAAUGUGUAGCAGCCAGAGGGGAGAAUUAACCAUCAGAUCUUAGGAGUUAAAGGGUGAAGGGAAACUUGAUAGAAUGCUAGUAGAUGACUUGCCAUGGACAAGCAGCCCCCCCCAGAAGGAGUAGCAAUGCUUGAAGUCUAUUGUCCCCUGAAACUAGAGAAUCCAGAAUAAUUUCGGGCAAUUACAUUGGAAAGCAGACUAUUAUAUAUUGCAUGUAUGGGGUAUUGCAUCAAAUAUGCAAAAAGAAAAUUGUAUGACUUGCUGGAAUUUCUUUUUUAUUUAAGGCAUUGUGGACAAAGAAUGGUUCUUGCAUAGUGUACCCAUGCCAUGCAAUCAUUGUAGCAAUAGAUGUGUCAUCUGGACAACAACAGUUUUUUAUGGGUCACACAGACAAGGUAACUGUCCCUAUGAAUAAAUGUACUAAACUUGUGAACAUUUUUUUGAAAAUGCAAAGUUUGACAUUUUUUGCAAAGAGCUGGUAAAAAAAAAGAUGCAGAAAAGCUGGUUUUAAAAAAAAAAUAUAUAAAAUUUAUCUAGUGAAAAAAUAUCUGAAAAAAACAACAAAGAAAUUUGAUUAAGGUUGGAAAAUGCCUUGAGAUAAAAUACAAUUCUAGUGAACUGGUCUUGGGAAAUCUCAGCUUAUCAAAAACAAAUCAAAUAAGAGUGACAAUUAAAGCUUAAAAAAAAAGAGAGAGAGAAAAAGGCCAUUUUAUUACCUAAUAUUUGAUAGUGUUCUUGUAAAGAGAAUUUAAAUUAUAACAAUGACUAUGUCACCAAUACCUUUCAGGUUUCAGCCCUGGCCUUUGAUGGUCAAAGAGAUAUUUUAGCUUCAGCCCAGACUGGGUCUCCUUCUGUUAUCAGAAUAUGGAAGUACCAUUCACAAAAGUGCACCGCAAUGUUUCGAGCCGAAGUGCAUGAUGUGCACUGUAUAAGGUAGGUGUGGUCAUAAAUGUUCUUUUGAAAACCUUCAGGGCCAGCUUUAACUGUUGUUUAACAAAAGCCAUGUUCUUAACUAUCUUUAGCUGAAUCUUUUAUCUGAACAUUUAUUUUUGUAGUAGUAGUUUAAGGACAUUUAAUAUUUAAUUAAAACAACCCUCUUACAGAGGAUGAAUAAGGCCCACUGUUUGCAUAAAACUGCAGUUUGGGUUAAACCUUGCGUAAAUGACUAGCCCUCAAAUGGUAAUAAUGGCACCAUUCGUAACAAGUAUCUAUAGUAUCACUUGUCCAAGAGAUUUCAUUAAUCCUACCAAAUAAUGGGCCUUUCUUACAAUUGAAAGUUCUCUUGCUUUUUCAUCCAAACAGAGAAAUAAACCUCCUUACUUGAAUUAUCACGCCAAGUUUAGUAAUUCUGCAAGUUUCAUUUUAAAUUCGUGGCAAACUUAUUAAAUUAACUUUAUGAAUUAUUUCUUGUUUUAAGUCUUUCAUACAGUGGCAACAUUUUAUGUGGUGUUGGAAAAGACAACCUUGGAAAGCAGGUAUAGUUGUUUCACUUAAAUCUAGUAGCUUGGUAAGGAAAACUUGACUGAUUGUUUAUUUACAAUAUGUUAAAGGAGUUACAGUGUAUCUUUGGUAUUUCUCCACCCUUAGUAGCCAUUGUUAAACAAGGAACAUUACCAUUAAUCAAAAAAGAAUGUGAACUUACUUUUCGUUACCUUUGCCUCAUGUAGCUGAUUGUGGUUUGGGAUAUCAGUCAUGCUAUCAGAGGUGGAGAAGUUUCCAUUAUUGCCAAAGCACACACUGAUAUUGAUAUUCAGCGCAUGAGAAUUGCAGAGUUUGAUGACAGCAGGUACUGAUUACAGUGUUAGAAGAACUGAGAAUAGGCAUGUAUUGCCAUCUUAUUUACAAGGGUGGGGAAUACUACGUGAAAAUUUGGUCUUAGCCUUUUUCAUUAGAACAUAUUAUUUCUAAGGACAUUUGCUAGGGUGUUUCAUUUUGGCCAGUAUUUAAGGUGGUGAGAUAGUUAGAAGAUUACAGAAUAAAACCGCAUCCACCAUGGAAAUAUGUCCUCCAUAGAAUAACUUUUCUUCCUAAUGGUUUGCAUAUUAAUUUUUUAGCAUCCAAAAUCACUUUCAAUAUUAUUGAGUAUUCAGCCUGUCUUUCAUAUUGAUGAUACAUUUUACUAAUUCAAUAUACUCUGGUCUACAUGGAAAAUCUCUGUCUGUCUUGCAUUUGCUUUUGUUCCAAACAGCUGGAACAGCCUUUUUAGCAAUUCAUGUAACACAAUUAUACUGAUUUACUUUACUUUAGGAUUCCUGGGUUUUGUCUUGAAUUUAUUCUAUAAGAUUUAGUUUAUAUUCUACUAAUGCUUGAAUUUAUCAUUAACAUGCAACAUGUAUUUUCAACUACCGUCUUUCUUGUUAAGGUUGAUCUCUUGUGGUAAUGACAACAUUCGUUUCUGGCGAAUUCGCCAUGGCUCUUUGAGGUCUUGUCCAGUAGAUCUUGGUCGUCAAGGCUUGGUUCAUUUCACUGAUAUAGCUUAUGGAGCCAAAAAUCCCACAAGUGCAGAUCCUACAGUUAGAAAAGUGUAAGAAAAGUAUAUUGCUGUGUCAAAUUUGUAUCUUAAAUUGUAGUAUAAAACAGUUAUACUUAUACUUGGAAUAGCUCAACUUGCAAGUACUCUGAGAAAGAAAGAAAUUUCAUCUAGUGUGACCCUAUAUUAAAUUUGAAGAAAUUUUAAAACAUUUUACCUCUCUCAUGAGUACAAGCACAUUCAGGAAAAAGGUGACAUAAAUGGAUAAACUAUUGGGCAAUGUAAAAACAAACAUCUUAAACCACUUUACAAGGAAAUUUAUGGCAGUUAUAGGGGGGAAGAAGUUUCAUUCAAUUCAUGCAAUUUUUUUACAUAAAUUUCCUUGACAGUAGACAUGUUACAUUGAUCAAUGAACCUUACUCUACCAUCUGUCACUAUGAGUUUUAUUUUUUAAAGUUGUAUGUGUUAGCCCUUAAACUUCCAUGACUGACCAAGACAGAAUUUCCUCUUACAAUGUUAAUACAAUAAUAAGCAGGCAAGUGAUGAGAAUGAAGAAAAAUAUCAAUUAGAGGGGGUUAUUAGUUGAUCCAAUACUAAACUCUCUGAACUAAAAUCACAAGAAUUGUAUGGCAGACAGUAAGGAGAAUUACUAAGUGAGAUUUUGGGAGUGAAAUGGUUAUGUGUUGUUCAUUUUCCAAAGUAUUCCAUAUACUGGAAGAGGUUGCUUGAUUCCCAGGGCAUUCCCCCAAGAGAAGAUUUCCAGUAUUUUGCAUUAAAAACUAAGCCUUUCCAAGCAGCUAAUUCACUAAGAUCCAAAACAAAACCAAAAAAAGUGCUAUGAUCAUUGAUAUUUAAUCAUGUUUUCCUUUACAGUUAUUCCUGUACAAACCAAGGGACAAUUUAUCAGAUUGACUAUCAGAAGAUCAUGCUGGACAAAGUAAUCAGACUUCUUCCUAUUGGUUCUCGUAGCAACCUAGUUGGCAAGUAUGGUGGUACAACUCCAACAGAGUUUGGAAUCAGACUCAAUUCACUUUGUGUAAAUGAGUCAUUUUGUGCCACUGGCUCAGAUGAUGGUUUCCUUCGGUUGUGGCCUUUAGAUUUUUCCACUGUGUUCCUUGAAGCUGGUAAGUAUCAUGUUUUAAAUACCAAAUUCCAGUUCAAGUCUAUCAGCAAUUUUAACUAAGAUCUAAUGGGCAAGUAACUAUAACUGCCUACCAGUGAAUGCUGAUCAAAGGGGGGAAACAGUCCAUGAGGGCCACGAGUUUAUUAGUAUUUUAUACUGUCAAGUGCCACCCUUGAAAAAUAAAGAUUAUUAUUAUUAUUAUUAUUAUUUGUGUGGAAGGUUGGAUUUGCAGAUGCAAGAGAAAAUGUUAGUCACAACCAAUCUAAGUAGUACUUUCACACACUUACCAGGCUAGAACUGCAAACAAAAUGAAAGAGACACAGUAGUAGCAUGUUGGACUAUAUUUCAUAUUAGUUGGGUGUGAGCCUGUGCUUGGGUCAUUGUGUCUUCUGCUGUGGUCAUGGGUAAGAUACUUUGCUCAUGCAAUACCUCCUCCCACACAGGAGUAGGAUCAGGUGCUGGGAAAUUGUCUGCAAAUUAUGAUGGCAGGGUAUCUUAGGAAGGCUUAUAUUACAUCAGAGGGAGUAAUAGUAACAGUACUGCAUUUAACUGCUACUAUUUUGCUAAAAUUGUAGCUGGCUGCAAGGAUCAUUGCUUAACUCAAACUUGAUCAGCAGGUCAAAUGAAGUGUAUUUCAUGAAAAAAAUUCUGAUCAGAUUCCUCCUCGGUAGUACUGCACCCACCUAGUAUUUGGGAAAUAUGUGUUGGAAUCCCGUUGAAGCCUAAACUGUUUCAGGCUUCUUUUCUAUAAUUGCUAAAAUUGCAGCUCACCUGCCAGGAGUAUUUCUUUACUGAAAAAUGGUAUUUGCAUAACUCCUUGGUUGCUGGGGUAGGCCUUGCAGUGUGGGCAACUUUGUAUUUGAGCAGGUGACUUAACUACCAACAAUAGUUUCUGAAAGAGCUAAUUAAUAAAUAAUGCUGUUUGUUCAAGAACACGAGGGCCCAAUCACAGCUGUUAACAUCUCUAGUGAUGGACUUAAUGUGUUAGCAGGAACAAAUACGGUAAAUUAAAGCGCUUGCUAUUGUGUACUGAUAACAAAAAUUCCUUUAGGCAACAGCCGUUUUUUGUGUAUCCAACUCAGAGAAUAAUGAUUUUGUGUAUCCAGCUUGGAGAAAAAAGAUGUCUCAUGCAAAUGGUCUCUGUUUGAUUAAUGUAGAAUAUCAAGACUUGUUAUUUUGAACAUUUGCUGAGCUCAGUCUUUUCAUAUUGCCAAACAGUUUUUAUUCAUUGGCAAGAAACUUUCAGUAAAUGCUCAGUCAGUGAUAACCUAUCAAUAGUAUUCAUUCUGAAGUUAAAAUUUCUUUCCUUCUCUCUUGUAAACACAAAUUUGCUUUGUUCUCUUACACCUUUCAGGGUAAUCUUGGUGUAUUAAAUACAUCAACCCGCACCUACUCCACACUGAUGAGAUCUCAUACACAAAAGAUCUCAGCCAUGUCAUUUGAUUCCACUCACCGUUAUCUGGCCACAGUGUCCUUUGAUGAAUCAAUACGAGUCUGGGAUCUUGACACUUUGGCACAGCUGUUUGACUUUCAAGCUCCUGGUGAGCUCCCCUGUGCCAUUGCAUAUCACCCUCAGCAGCAGUGCUUUGCCUGUGGGUUUAUGUCAGGAUGUGUAAGAGUGUUCCAUGUAGGGACAACAAAUCUACUAGCUGAACAUAACCAGCAUGCUGGCCAGGUGACAGGCUUGGUGUUCACACCUAAUGGAGAAUUCAUGCACAGUGCAGGGUCACUAGGUAAUAUAGCAAAAACAUUCCACCAUCCAUACCCUGUAUCAAUGUAGUAUAAAUUAAGAGAAAUAUGUUUUUUUGUCUUGUCUCAAGCAUGAGACAAAGAAAAAAAUUCUGAGUCUCCAUGAGGAAUCGAACCUUAGACCUUUGGAUUCCAUACUCUAAUGCUCUACCACUAAGCCACAGAGACUCUAUAGUGAGAAAGGCCCAUCAGGAAGUUCAUAUUGCUGAUCCUGCAUACUGUUUGGAUCAGCAAUGUCGAUAGUAUCAUGUUUGGUAGAUAGAUUAAGAAAGAUGGCAAGUUUUAAGCUUUUAUGUCCUGUCUAGUGCUUUUAGAUCUCUCCAGAUACCUUUUGGGUUUCCAUUCUUCUUGUUGGUAGAUUCACUAAAAAAGCAUUGUUGGUUUCUUUUGUUGUUUUUGAUGGAUUCACAGCUUUAAAAAAAGAAGUCUCAACGGCAAGUUUUUCUUUUAAUCCUCAGGUUCUCUUUCAUUAUAUGAUGCUGCUGAUGAAGAAUUCCGGUUGAUUCGCAUGUUACCCAACACAGUUGCAGCAGGUGCUAAAUUUGGAUCCCAUGUACUGAGUGUAAGUGAAGACAGCCUGAAGUUGGCAUUUAUUGGACCCUCUGAAUACACAGUGACAGUUGCCAAUGCCAGAUCUCUGGAUGAGGUGAGGCUCAUCUCAUUUUUUCAGUUUCAUAUCAUGUAGUUUCUGAGUGGGAGGAUUCGGUGGGAAAAUAUUUGGCUACCAGUCAUGGUGCACAGACGGAGCACAGCAAGAUCCAAUCAUUGUGACCAAGAGCCAGAAUUUCCUCUCUACAGUGAACUAACUCGAUAAUAAGCAUUUUAUGUUAGGAAUGCCUUUCUUUCUUUCUGUCUCUCUUUCUCUCUAAUUUUCCUCCUGCAUUUUACCUCUUUCAAGGUUGUGUGGACAGGCAUACAUUUUUUUGGUAGUGCUUGUAUCACAUCCACUCAUGUAACAGGAUUAUUUCUUGCAAUGUUUCUCAAUGAAUUGUACGAUCAGUUCUACUUUAGAUUGAUCAAUGCUUUUUUAUGACAGGUUUUACGCAUUGACAUCAGCACCAUCACUGCAGACCGAUCAGUUGUGGACUCUGCACUCCAUGUCUGUUUUUCUUCAUCAUCUCUAAAACAGUUAUUGGUAAUCACUUCAACAUCAAGGUUGCUGAAGCUUGACUCUCACAGUGGAAUCUUGUUAAGCGAGGUUGGUACUCACAGCAAUCUUAAGUUUAAUGUUGAAAAUAAUAUGGGAUUGCAUAGGUUUUACUUUACUUUAAACUGUGAUUAGUGUAGAAAAGUUACAUCACCAUCUCAACCAGUCAGAUGCAAAAUUAAGCUUAUCACCAUUGGGUGGGUUGUAUUUUUCCAUUGUCAGCCUUCUAGGUGUUUGUUCUUCUUUUUUAACCCUUUACACUGUAAUGUCAGUCUUCAUAUUCUUCAUACUGUUCUCUAUAAAUUUCUCAAGAAUUGAGGGCUUCUUUUGAUUAGUUAGAGAUCAUUUCCUAUAUUCCUGAGACCAUAAUGUGUGAUUCUGGGGUGAUAUUGUAUGGAGAAUUAGAUGCCAGUCCAGACUGACUUUCUGCUAUAUUUCUUUUCCGAUUGUCAGUUAUGAUGACUUUCAGCUUUGUCUUGCAACACUCAAUCAAAGUGCAUGCUAUUUAUAAAGGCUUAUUUAGGAGAAUUUUCUGUUUGUAUUAACAAUCUCUAGGCAGUAAAAUGCACUUUGCUAUUGUUGAACUCUAGAUCACAUUCUCUUAACCCUUUAACUCCCAGAAGUGAAUAACAUGAAACUUCUCCCUAUAAUAUCCAUACAUUAUUCAGCAAAUAGGCAAUGAGAAUAUUCAAACUUAUCAGGUAGAAGCUGCUAUCUUGAUCCAGCAUCAAGUUCUCAUAACUAAUUUACAAGGAAAUGUUUAGCAGCUAGAGGAGAGAAUUAACAAUCAGAUCUUGGGAGUUACAGGGUUAACCCCAAAAGGUUUGAGUAGUUGUAAAGGCAUAACUGGUCAGUUCCUCCUCAGCUAAGAAGAAUACUGAUUUGAUGUGAGAAACAUAGCAUGCCCUUAAAUUAAAAAUGUUACUGGUGAAGACUAACACUUGUUAAGAUGAAGUUCCACGUCCCUUGCAACACUAAUUUAAUUAUACCUUUCAGGUUUCCAAUAUUCAUCGUGGUAACUGUUCAAGUUUAGCUGUGAGCCGUGAUGGAAAAUAUCUAGCCACUGCUGGAGACAAAGUUGUAAAGAUUUGGGAUUAUCAUAUGCGACUGGACAUUAACUUUCAGGUAGUUCCACUUGGUUGGAAAGAAACCUCACAUACAGCUAAAAUUUUGGGAUUGGGUUGAAAUCUUGCAUGUUUAGUACUUUUCCUUGUCAUCAAGGAUGAAGAAAAGAUCCUUGAUUGGCUGGGAAACCUUGACUCAUCAUACAGAAAAGUUUGCAUAUUUCAUCAUCUCUGUAUCAUUCCAACUUCAACAGGAAAUCACAAUCAAAAGUCUUUUUUUCGAUUUUUUAAAUAGGUCUUUAUUGGCCAUUCAGAUCACAUUCAGCAAGUUGCUUUCACUCCAGAUAAUCUUGGGCUAAUUAGUGUAGGAGAGGCCAUUUUGUUAUGGGAUUUUCAUGGAAGAGUGAGGCAGAUACAAGUGAAUGGGUAAGUUUUUUUCCAUCAAAAAGCAGGAUAAUUAUUUGUAUAUUGGCAAACAAAAUACAUAUGAAUAAGAACAGUUUUUAAAUCCUCUUGCCUGGAAUUUGAAAACAGUGUCAAACAGUUUUUACGAUAACACCAGCAUGAAUUACCUUGAAUGAAUAUAUAUUUUUUUUUCUAAUUAUUUCAGUUGAUACUAGUAUGUAACCUUGGGGUCAUGCAAAACAUUGUGGGUCUUCCAUGUUCAUUUAUGUUGUACAAUAGAUUUCCUCAGAAUAUUAAAACUCAUUCAAAUUGGAUGAAUUGCAUGUUAAUUACGGUAACGAUUACUGAUUUGGUGAUUACCUUCCAGAGGACGCAACCCACAGAAAAGUUACAUUCCUGAACUAGCAGGUAUUGUUGAAUGACAUCCUUAUAAAUAUUUCUCAAGAAAAAAAGUAAGACAUACCUUAAGACUAACCAAUUAAACUGUCCUUAUUUUUGUCAUAUGUAAGCAGAAAAAAGUGUGAAAAUCACUCCUGAAAGACCAUAUAGUCCACCAAAUGGUCAUCCUAACACAGUCAUCCCAAGAAAAUCAGUUCCAGUACCAACUAAAUAUGAACCUCCUCAGUUUGACGUCAGCCCAAUUCCUGCUGAUGUGCGUGACAGCGAAAAUGUUCGUGGUACCCUUGAUAGAGUGCUGCAGAGUGAAGUUCAUGAUAGUUACUCUCCAGAGAAAAGCAAAAGCCCCCAAAAACAAGUUUUGCUCAACACUGGUGAAUCUGUAAGAAUGAAGUUUUCAUUUACAAUUUUCUUAUUUUAAAUUAAAUUACUUGUUGAUUUGUUUUUUUUGUUGUUGCUCUGUACUGUGUGUAUCAUUGGUGAAAUGACUCACUCACCCCUUGUUUUGCAUCACAUUGUUUCCUAGGGCUCCCCCGUCAAGACUAAAUCUCCUGCUAGAAGAUUGAACUUCAAUGUUCCCCCACCGGGUGGAUCAAGAGUAGUAAACAGUGAUGACCAUCCUGUCCCUAAGGUCACUAGACACUACAGGUGCCGAGCAAGGACUUCCUCCUUGGCCAACCGCAGAUACACAGCUCCUCCAAACCAAGCAGGACUCCAGCUAAAAUCUGUUCUUGGAUACAAUGGGAAUGGAAGGAAGAAUUUGGUGUGGAAAUAUGACACAGGUAAUUUUACAGUGAGAUAAUAGACGAACUUCAUAAACAGGUUAUUAUAUUAUGAAAUUUAUGUUUAGCCUGAAGAUCUUCACUAUCUUCUUUUCAAUUUUUUUUCAAUAUGAAAUAUCAAAGGAAGAUUCAAGAUACAACAUGGAGUCUGAAGAAAUAGGAAGAAUAUCUUGAACAUUAAUUUUUCUACUUUGCUGUCAAUAAAUGAUCUUUGGUGUAAGUGAAAAUAGUUUUGCACCAUUUGUAAAAUAUUGGCACAAAUAAAAGUACAUUGUUAGUAAAUCAACAGCAAAAGGUUUUUAAGACUGGAUAAUAUCCUCCAGUUGUUAACUUUUUUAGUUACUCAUCACCAGUAUUGAAAUGUUUAGGGGAAUGUAAAAAGUUAAUAUUACCUUUGACAACUUAGAGUUUCAAAGCAUGUUUAAUUGAUGAUGUCAUUUUUACCAUACUGCUGAAUCAAGUUGAGUCACUUGUUAAAUAAAUGUUCUUUUACUCUCCAUUUAGGCCUCUUUGCCUACACCAGUGGGUGUCUUGUGGUCAUAGAGGACCUUCAUUCUGGUACUCAAAGGCACCUUAUGGGGCACACAGAAGAGAUCUCCACAUUAGCCCUACAGCAUGAUGGUAUGAUGCUGGCCUCAGCUUCUGGGCCUUCUGAUACAGUAGCCAGUCAGAUCCUCUUGUGGAACCUGCCAGAUGGAGUUUGUCAAAAGGUAUGCUUCUUGUGUUUACUUUGAUGCACAUGCUUGCACUGCAUAAAUAAUCAAUGCAGUUGGUGAGCACAGGGGCUGUUGGUAAGAAUGUAACUGUGUAGUAUUUAUCUCUCACAUGGUUAUUUACAUAUAGCAGAGUCAGAUUUCAUAGCCUUACACAAACAUCAUACUUAGAGAGUGUGUCAUUGUAUUUAAUAACUGAUAUUUUUACCAGUUUUAUUGACUCAAGCAUUUUUGUGAACCAUUGCCAAACUUGCAAAUGCCUUCUUGUAAACCUCCACAUCCCCUCUUUUUCCUGUAGCAUUUUUCUACUGUUGUGUAGUAAGAGGCAUUGUAUGGGUAAAUUGCAUAAGAACACAAAUGAAUGAGACUGUCGCCAUUGUUUGACCUGAGCUCUGGACUGCUCCCUAAUCUCUGUCCCAUCAUGUUGCUCCUGUCCUGUCUCUCCAUUUUUUUUUUUUUUUUUUUUUUUGUCUCCUUAUUACAAGUCAUUUUCUUUCAGGUUCUAACCCACCAUGAACAUGAGAUAGUCUGUCUAGCAUAUUCCCGCGAUGACAGAUUCCUUGUGUCAGUGGGUGAUUACAGGGAGUGUUCUGUUGUGGUUUGGUGCACAAGAGACGUGGUAGUCCUUGCCUCCUCUUUUGCCAGGCAUCCAGUUCAUGACAUCAUGUGGGAUCCAUACACUGCUAAUGAAUUUUGCUCCGUGGGUCAAGAUGGCUCUGUGUUGUUUUGGUUACUGGAUGAGACUGGUGAUCAGAUGACACUCAAUGUAUGUAAACACUAGCUUAACUUUUUCAAAAUACAACUGAAAAUCAAUAACCUUUGAUUAGAGUUUGGAGGGGGUUUGUAAUCAGAUGUGUAACAUUUCCCUCAGACAACCAGUUAUCAAUAAUAACUUUGCCCCUUCCCUACCAAACAAUUAUUACAGCCUAUUUUGUAAUGUGAUCAGCCCAAACACUGUAUCCCCCCUGCCCAACAGCAGCACUCAUACAAGUCAAGGAUAAGGAAAAGAGCUUUUUAAAUGAGAAACCAAAGUCUUUUCAGAGCAACUAAUAGUUCUUCAAUAUUGUUUAGGUUCAUGAGCCAGAGGUUCCAGAUGAACUUACACAGUCCAAGAAAGUUGUAAGUUUAUUUCAUUAAUUUUUGCUUUUGUUUGUCUUCUCAGUAGUAUGAGUUUUUCUAAGGUCAUGAAACAACCUGUAGGGUAGUUUUCCCCUUUUUUAAUCUCCCAAAUGGUCUUAGGGCUUUAUUUGGCCAUCGUAAUUACUUUCUUUCAUAUCAGUUUUAUAACUUUUGAAGAGUUCUAAUAGUACUGUAAGGCAACCUGCUGUGAAAAGGAUCAUAAAGAACAUACUACAAUGCACAAUAAGUGAAUCCUUUACAAGAACUAAGUUAAUUUUCUUCACAGAGAGAUGAGUAUUAUGAUUUCACAGCUGUUUGGUAUGCAGGAGACAGUACUAUGUAUGCUGCUACAAGCUCAGGUAUUUAAACACCCAGCAGUGAUUUGCUAGUCUAGACAAUAUACACAUGUCGAAGUUGUAAUGCAUAGUACUUUCUUGUCACCUCUGACAGCACAACUACUUCUUCAUUGUGCAAUUAAAUGUUCUUCAAUUGACUUAUUUAGACUUUAUAAAGCCAAGUUAGAGGGAUUACUUAGGGAUGAUACUGUAUUGAGAAAUUAGGAGCUAGUUACUCUUUGGGGUUGAAGGGUUAUUUAAAAAAACAUUACAGAAGGCAAUAGGUAAAAUGUGUCUUUUUUUAACAGGAAUGUUAUCUGCCUGGGACACCAGGCAGAACAAGUGCUUCAUUCACUGGGAAGGAGACUCUGCUGAAAUUGGUACACAGUUGUAGUAGAAUUUAGAAAAAGGCAUUGGAGAAAUCUAGCCUUCAAUGGAAUGGAUGAGUGUCAAACAUGACAAAUGUCACAUGGGCUUUGAAGUUUUGGGGAGGUCCCUGAGAGAUGGUGGAAAUACAAGAUACAAUGAGUAAACACAGAACACUGCUAUAAAUCAAUUACAACCAAAAUUGCUUACUGCAUACCAUAUAUUGUACGUGUAGUGGUACAUUUCUGACUUUUAAAAACAUGAUUAAAUUUUUGUAGGUAUGCUUGUGGGAUAUGGUGGUACUCUUAUUGCUGGCAGUGCCUCAGGGAAUCUCAGAUUGUGGUCUGUGGUAGGAGUGAGUGAGAUGCGACUUCCUGGAGAUGCCACUAGGUACAAUAAACCACAAUGAAAAGCUCACAGCUAACACAGACAAAAUUUAAUUUUAUGCCUGAUUCCAUUAGCUUUCCUGUACUUCAGUCAUGGAAAGUUCUCUCAAAUGCCCAGUUUCCAUCACAUUUAACAAUUAUUACCACCCAAGUGAAAAGAGAGAAUUUAUUAAUCUGUACUUUUUUUAGAUUAUCCAGCAAUGGUUUGGUUAUGGAAGAUGAAAUGACACUUGAUGGAGCCAUUAUUUCUGCAUCAUUUGAUGAAGCAUUGGAAACUGUAAGUUUCAUUCUUUUCUUGCACCUCUUGUUGAUUUCAUGUCACUGUACUUUAUAAUCAUUACUACAUUAACAGAAUUAAUGGAAUUCAUGUUGUGUUAUUUUUAAAAGGGCAUUAUUGGUACAUCAUCAGGUACAUUAUGGUAUGUCAACUGGGAUGAAAGAACCAGUAUCAGGUUGGUCAGUGGCCAUGCACAGAAGGUGAGUAUUGCUUCUUUGAAGGAUUUAUAGGAAGUCCUACACUCAAUGUUGAUCAUUCAUUCUUCCUGAUAGUUUGGGUUAUGAUUGCUAAGUUAGCUAGUUUGAUGGUUUAGUAUGAUAGUGUAACCUUGUCUUUUCAGUUUUGAAGCAUGAUGUAGUGAUUGCCUGAGUAUAGAAUGUUAAAGUUUAAUUUAACCAACAGAAAGAACACUACAAUCCUAAAAACUCAACUACUUUAUUAAACUUCGAGUGAUAUUCUUAACAAGGAAACAGUUAUUAUCCUCCAUAAACUUACUUAAGCCUACCACAGUCUAUAUCUUAGAUCUCCACUGACACAAACUCACAAUUUUCUCCAAAGUUCCUUGAAAUGAACAAUCUUCCACAGUAGGUCUCUCUCAGUCUAGCUAUCCAGAAAUUCAGUCAUUCCAGACAACACAACAACAACAACUACUACCACAUAGGUGCCAGUCCAUGUAUACAUUUACAAAGUAUUCUAGAACAUUCAGGAAUCUUACAACACAACUGUUUUGGUAGUUUUACAUCAUAACUACGCAACCUAUUAGAACAUUCCAGAAAGUUCCAUGCAUGUCAGCAUGACUAGGCAUGCUAUAAAUUUCUAGAAACUUAUCUUUUCAGAUAUUAUCCAUAACAAGAAACAUAUUAGUGCUGAUACCUAAUUAAAACAAUUUUCAAUGAUGAUUCAUCAUUUUUCCUUUUUGUAGAUUAAUGACUUACUCUUCAGUGGUCCAGAUGACCAGUACUUUGCAACAUGUAGCACUGAUGGAAUCUUACAUCUCUGGAGCAAGGAUAACUUGGAACAUCUUCAGUUUCAAGUUCUUGGACAGGUAUAAUUCUACAGAUUAUUUUUGGUUUCAUUGGUCAUAAUAAUAACCCAUCAUAUUUUAAUUGGCAUGUUAUUGAUUUAAAACGUUUAUGGGAUUAAAAUUUUCCUCAACUGAGACUGUUGGAAUAUGUAAGUAAGAGUCCCCAUUUGAUACCAAACUCUACUUGUAUAGUUGUCAAUUCUCAGACAUCAUCUGUUUCAAGAAGGGAACAGUUUUCAGAGAUCAAAGCUUUUGGAAAACUUUGAGCUUCAUGGUGAUAUUCCCCAAUUAAUUUUAUCCCAAAUUUCAAGCCUUGCGUCCGUUAAAAUGGGAAAGCAUUUUGCUCCUUUUGAAAAAGGAGAGGCAAACUUGGAUGUUCAGGAAGUAAAACUGGAGAACACACAGAAAAGAAACAUGUAUCUUGAUGAAAGUAGAAAGAAUAGCUUCAAAUUUGUGGGUUUAUCAACAACUAAAUUUUUUCCAGAAUUGCAACUGUGUGUCCUUCAGUCCAGUACCAACUGCCACUCCCACUAAAUCUGUCACAAACGAGGGACAGACUAUCGCAACUGUCCACCCACAGCCUCAACCUGAUGAUGAGACUAUUAUUCACCCUUCACAUUGUGCUGCUGGGUACAGUGAUGGAACUAUCAGAAUAUUUGAUUUGGGUAAAGUGGAAAUGGUUAUGAAAAUGCAGCCUCAUGCUGCCGCAGUGACAGCAAUAGCAUUCUCAUCUUUUGGUAAGAGUAUGCGUCAUAUGUUGGUGCAUUUUUUCACCAAAAAUAUUUUUGUGUUUCUUCUAGUUUCUAGAUUUACACUAAAAAUGAGUUUGCAUAUCAUGUGGCUCUUCUCUUGAGCUUCAAGAUGGUUGGAGUGUCUGGGAUACAUUGUGGAAGGGUUUAAUGUUACUUCUUUUACAAAAAAACAAAGAAGACAGCAAAAUACUAUGCUGAGUUAUGCAUGUAACUUCAUUAACCUUUUACACACUGUAAUACAUGCAUAACUGUUACAGGAAGAGUGAUUAUCAGUGGUGCUGAAGAUGGUUUGCUGGCUAUCAGUAGUCCCUCAACAGGGUUGACAGUGAGACUUCUGAAUGAUCACAAGGGUGCACCAAUCACAUGUAUUCACAUCUCAUCUGUUAAGGUCAACUGAAGUUUCCUAGAGUUUUCUUAUGAACAUUGCUGCAUUGUUACAUGCAUUUUGCAUUAUACCUGUUGAAAUGCUACUCAUAAUUGGACUUUAAGCUGCAGUGUAACUUUUUCCUUGAAGACCAAAUUAACUUAAGUUAUAAUUCAAGAUUCCACAGGAAAAUUCAACAACCAACGAUGAAUUCCAUGCUAAAUUCAAAAAAAUUGAAUAUCUUUUUCAUUGCUUCACAAUUCAGUCAAUGAUGGCUUUCAUCUUGCAAGUUAGCAUGCAUGCAGUUCUUUCGUUAAGUAGUGAUUUUUUAAUAUUAUUUAGCCUUAAAGUUAGGUUUUUUUACAUGUUUCUUACAAUUAUUAAAUAAUAUAAGAGAGUUAACAUUACAUUGUUAAAUAUUUUGGUAACUCUUCUUCUUUUUCUUUACACCACCACAGGAUCAACAGUACCCAAUGUCAUCCCCAUUGCUGUGGCUAGCAGCAAGUGCUGAUCGCCGCGUCAGUAUCUGGAGUGCUGACUGGUCCAAAGACUUCUGUGAAUUAGUAGACUGGCUGACAUUUCCUGCCCCACCCUUUGGACCUGAUGGACAAGCUCUUAGGAGAGGGGACCCUGUAUGUCACAUAGAAAUAUAUUAAGAAUAUUUGACAUGUUUUUGGUGUUAAUCUCAUACUUGAUGUUAGCAUGAUUGUUAGACUAGUUUAAUUUAUUAUGAGCUUGAAGGGCUCCUUGUAACAGUGUAACAGUAACAUAAUGGUUACUUUGCACAAUGCCCACAAUGUAAGAGGGUGAUGUGUCUUGAAGUCUCGCCAUUCAGCUGAGAGUGGUCUUUACAAGGGUUGCUGUCAGUAGUUAAGAGAUUGAGAGUCAUUAUCAGUCCCUUCACUCUGAUGUUUACUUUGGCUCACAUUGUUGAAACCCUAUAGUCACUGCCACCGGCAGCAGGGCAUGUCAGUACUUCCCUAUCCCAAAUGAUUAGACUGAGUUUAAAUUAUAAAGGUCUUGACCAGUGGGCAAAAUAAUACCAUUGCGAGAAUCAAUAACUGUAUAAAACUGUUUGCUGUGACUUCAUCAUGCUAUAAGUUAGAGAGUGACAUUACUUGUCAUGAAGCUUAUUUGUUGAUGAAUAUCACCUAAAACAGGCCCACUUCUCACAGCUGCCUCCAAGCCUGGCCCAAUUCUCUCCUACAGACCCUGACAUUAUUGUUUACACUGGCUAUGGCAUGCAGAAAGCUGUUCAGUUCUACAGUCUGGCUCAGAAAAAGGUACCAUCAUUCCAGUACCAUUAGAAUUCCCCUUUGCACUAUACUUUGAUAAAAUUGAAAAUUUCCAAACUCAAAAUGUAGCAUCUUCCUCACUCUAUUGGUUCUGUUAUCAACACAAAUUAGGAGACUCUGUUUCUUAAUUACAAAGACAAAAUAGAAAAUGUUGUAUGUAAAAUAUUUUUUUUAGCAGCUCAACCCUCAUUUCUCCCCUGUCUUGACUCAUCUUCAAUGUAUAUAACUAUGAUGUCAUGCAAUCCCACUUCAACCAAUGGUGCACUUUCCCAUGUUUGCAGAAUAGAGUAAUAUUUCCAAUAUAGUAGAAAGGUCACUUGCAAGAACCAAACUUCAAUAAGUUAAUUUUCAAUAUUAACACAAAGACCUUGGCGUGAAGCCCUGGGUAGCAAACAACAGAAUUUACUGGUUUUAUUCCCCACAGCCUUGUUGUAGGAGUUGAUGUUAAAUGCUAAAAUGUAUAUAUCUAAAUCAGGAAGUUUGCAUGUUCACUUGUUAUUUACUAUCUGUACAAUUAAACUAUUCAUAAAGACUACUGUGGUUGUGGGGUACCUAUUCUAAUGGCUGCCUUCAGUUUUCAGACUUGUUUUGCUGUGAGGGGUCAACUUUUUCACAUCCUAAUAUAUGUCUCUUUUCAGGUUGUACGUACUGCUGCACUCACUCAGUGGGUGACCUCCAUGGAUAUAUCACCCAUGGGACAUCUCAUUGCUUUUGCAACAGAAGGUAGUCUGGUGUUACAAUAUAUUUUAUUUUUUUGCUUGAAAGGCAUUGUGGUAAAAUUUAGUUGAAACCCACAGCACAAGUCUGAGCUCAAGCAAAACUCUACACACCUGGAAAUUAAAUUUAACAAAACCAUUGAUGUGAGUCAAAUUUACUUUUACAUAUCUUUGUGCAAUAUCCAAGCGAUACCAUUUUCAGAAUGAAAAGGUUAGUAAACCACACAAUGCCAAAUUGUAACUCCCUGUAUAAGGGAACCCAACCUUGUCCCUCUUGUAGAAGAACACAAAAAAGUUUUUAAAUCAAAAGCUGAAGUAGUAUCUCUCGCAGUAUCUCAAUUGUUUUAUAAUCAAUAAGAACCCUUACGAUGAGAAUCUAUUUUGCUCUACUUACAGAGCGAUUAGUCAAACUGAUGGACUACAAUGAGGGAAGCUUUCAGGAUUUCAUAGGACACUGUGAUGGUGUGAACAAUGUUAGGUUUGCACCAACUGGGGAACUACUGUGUUCAACAAGCCAGUCAGAAAUUUUGAUGUGGAACGUCAGGGCUGAACUUGAUUAGGUUGCAUGAACCAGUAUUGGGGUUCCCAACAGCACAUCUCCAUACUCAGAGGAUGAAUUGAAAAGAUAGUACAGUACAACAAGAUCCAGCCAGUUUGAUUGAAGAGGAAGGAGAGGGCAGAGUAAAAUUUGUGUGCAAAGGGUAACCAUUUGGGGAACAGGAUGAUCCCACUGAAUCUGACCUAAACAUCCAGCAAAUGAUAGAAAUUUCAUUGGAAAACAAAUGCAUAAUGUCCCAAAAACAACAGCAAAACAGUAGCCUGGUGAAAAGUAAAGUAACAUGAAAACUCUCAAGACAUAUUGCUCUCAAAAAAGCAACACUUAUUUUAUAUACACAAAAUCAUACACAUCACAACACUCACAAACUUAAAAGUAACAUGUUACAAGUGAGCAUAUUCCACCAAUAUGUAUAUCAUGGUGGUCAAGUAACUCUCUUGAGAAAUUCCUCUGUAAAUGAAAAGGGUAAAAAUCUGAGUCUCCUGGAAUGCCAUGAAAUGUUUUAAAAGAAUAGAAAAUUUUCUCGUAUUAAUGUAAAUUCUUUCUGGAAAUGGUUUGAAACCUGAAUCUGCUGUCUUUGUGGCCCAAUGUGGUAAAUAGCCUCAAAGACUCUCUCUUAAAAGUGAUUGCAUAGUCUGUAAACGACAUGACUUCUAGAGAGGGUCACAUGUUUAUGGAGUGUUGUACGUACUAGUUGCAUACAGUCCUGUUGUAAAUAUCACAGAAACAACGUGUGAAUAUAAUUUGUUAAUAUUUUGUGAUUAAUUGUGGCAGACUUUUUUACACAGCAGUUUACAUGCUUACCAGGAUUGGUUAUUUUGUAUGCAAUAAUACCACUGAUAAGUGUGUGGAUGUAAAAUGCAUUUGAUCUCAACAACCCAAGGACCCAUAAACUGUCUCCAUAAAUUCCAGUGUUACACUCACUGUCAGUAGUAGCAUUAAACUGAAAGUCUUUUUCCUUGCAGAUCACACAAUAAUAAUUCACUUUUCCUUUAAAAUUCCCACAAGUAGUGCU